UGGGUAGGUUACCAACGUCCUUGUCUCGCCAAGCACAGCACACUGACCGCCUGCACGGAAAGUCUUGGGGAUACCUGCUAUUCGCUUGCACUUGAAUACAACCCUGUUUCAGACAUGAUGGCAGCAAGAUUUCUCCGCCGCGCUCUGCCCGCGCUGAGGCAGACUCGCUGCUACGCCGAGGUAGCUUCGGGUUCCCCGCAGAUGUCCUUCACGUUCGCCUCCCCCUCACAGGUGUUUUUCAAAGAGGUCAAUGUGAAACAGGUGGAUGUGCCCACACUUACUGGUGCGUUUGGUAUCCUUCCUGCCCACGUGCCCACCCUGCAGGUGCUCAGACCCGGCGUUGUCACAGUCUUCGGUGAUGACGGCUCCACAGCUAAAUAUUUUGUGAGCAGUGGGUCAGUAACGGUCAAUGCCGACUCUUCAGUGCAGCUGCUCGCAGAGGAGGCUGUUCUCUUGGACCAGCUCGACAUUGCAGCUGCCAAGGCCAACCUGGAGAAAGCCCAGUCUCAAUUGGCCGGCACAUCUGACGAGGCAGCGAAGGCCGAAGUUCAGAUCAGCAUAGACGCCAACGAAGCCAUCGUCAAGGCUCUGGAAUAGACUUGUGGUAAUGUUUCCUGUUUGGAAAUCAAUGGCUCAUCAGUCCACCUCAGUCAUGUUCAUGUCCAGAGGCUUUCGUGCUUGCUUUGUACAGUGGAUGAAAUUAAAAAUAAAUUUAUUUGGAAUUA